UUGAUGACGACACUUUCAUGCGCCGGAAGUGUAAGCCUCCGAAUUCCCUGAGUGCUGAUGUGGUCCAAGACAUUUCAGCGCAGGCAGACUCCUGGCUUAGUUUUUCAAUUUUGAUGCAGUUGUACAAUAACGGAGAACAGCGGCGUCGGGUCACACGGAGGUCGGGGUGAAAGAAGAGGCAGUGGACGAGCGAUCAGCAGCACCGGGUCAGAGAGCGAAUGGCGCCCAAAGGGAAAGUUGGCACAAAGGGAAAGAAGCAGAUCUACGAGGAGAAUGAGGCGACUCUGAGGUUCUACAAAAGAGUCAUCCUCGGAGCUAAUGCGAUAUUCGCUGCCAUAAAUCUAGCCAUUUUCUACAGUUCGUCUACAUUUUGGACAUGGCUGCUGCUCGUGUUUGCACUAGCAGUGUACGUUGGGAGUUACCGAUCCAUGUCAGCGAUGGCCAAGCCAGUGUUUGCUGAGGAUGGAAGUCUCCUGGAUGGAGGAAUAGACUUAAACAUGGAGCAGGGAAUGGCAGAGCACCUGAAGGACGUCAUCCUACUCACCGCCAUAGUUCAAGUGCUCAGCUCAAUCUCUUUUUAUUUCUGGUACCUCUGGUUGCUGGCCCCGGCCCGUGCCCUCCACCUGCUGUGGGUGAACUUCUUGGGCCCCUGGUUCAUGGCAGAUAACCAAUCAGCUCCAGAGGAAGUGAACGAGAAGAAGCAGAGAAGACAAGAGCGCAGACAGAUGAAGAGAUUCUGAGGCUGCGGAGCGGACGGAGCAGUAUUUUUAUACACAGAAUCUAAUAUACAGAUAGCUAGAAUUUCGUAAGUUAUUCAGGAAGAAAUUCUGUUAUUAAGUUUAACUCCAUCCAAAUCUGAUACAGUGGAAUCUUGUUUUCCACGUUUUCUUCCUGCCUUCUCCUGCAAUCUAAUUCUCUCCCUAAAAUAUGAAAUUAAAUGUUCCCUAUUUAGAUAAUGUCAAAAUAAAGACACUGUCCAAAUAUCAUUUGUCCUCAUGCAGAGAUUUAAGAGCUUUUGUGUUACACAAUCGUGUCACACUGCCUCCUGACGAUGUCCUUUCAGGCACACCCUGAAUACUGUACCACCAAUAACAAACGGAAUUUGUUCCACCAGUGCCACUUUUUUUUUCCACUGAAUGUCUUUUUAUUUUUAUUCUGAUUUUCUGGUGUAACAUAAUUCAUUGAUCCUUCAUUAGAGAGCAGAGAGAUUUCAUUCAUGAGCUGUUAAAAUCAACUGGUUAUAUAUCAAGUUUUUACUGGGAACAUUUUUGCAAUAAAAAUCUUCCUUUGGUGUUUGCAGUUUA